UUUGGUAUUUCCGUAAUGGUGGACCAAAUGUUGUAGACUUGACAAUAUUUUUUUAUGUAACCGUCAUUUGUACUUGGUGAAAAUCAUCGGAAAGCUUUCAAGAUGCCGUCAAUAGAAGACACCCUGUUCCAAUUGAAGUUCACAAGCAAACAGUUGGAAAGAUCCUCAAAGAAAUGCGAGAAGGAGGAAAAAGCGCAACAAGCUAAAGUGAAAAAGGCUUUACAACAAAAAAACAUUGAAGGAGCAAAGAUUUAUGCAGAAAACGCAAUCAGAAAGAAAAAUGAAGGAUUGAAUUAUCUAAGACUAGCUUCUCGUGUAGAUGCAGUGUCAUCAAAAGUUCAAAGUGCCAUGAUGAUGAAACAGGUUACUAAGAGCAUGGAUGGUGUGGUUAAGGGGUUAGAUAAAGCCAUGGCAUCCAUGGACCUAGAAAAGAUUUCAGCCACCAUGGAGAAGUUUGAGGGCAUGUUUGAAGAUCUUGAUGUUAACACUCAGGUCUUAGAAAAUGCAAUGGGAGAUGCAACUACAUUGUCUACUCCUCAAGACCAGGUUGAGGCCCUGAUUCAGCAAGUUGCAGAAGAAAAUGGUCUGGAGAUAAUGAGUCAGUUGGAGGCUGUACAGCCUGGGACAUCAUCACUCAGAACUCAAGACUCACAAAGAACACAAGGAGAGGAGGAUCAGCUUAGUAAAAGACUGGCUUCUCUACGCAGUUAAUGGAUAUCUAACGGAAAAGCACAUGCUCGUAAUCUCAAUUUAUACCCUUCAAGUGCAUACAAGCAGAAGAAGUUUUUUAAAAGCAUCACAAACUGGAGGAAACUGUCUUAGUAAUCACAGCGGUCAAAUGUCUAUGCAAGUGCAUACGGUGACACGGUGUUAGAAAAGUCUGACUUUCUUGGUGAAGUGCAAAGCAAAAUGGUACCAGAGAAAACUCAAGUAUUCCUUUUCCCUACUUUUGUCUCCUUUUAUGAACUUCUAGGGUCAUUUUUUGGUACCAACCCCUUCUUAGAUUUUCCUUGAAGAUUUUGCGCGAGAAAUUCACGUGCGGCGGGCCAAUAGGGAAUCAUUGAUGCAUGCUUGGCGUUUAACCGUUGUGUUGUUGUCUGAGCAAGAUGUAUAUAUGUUUAUUGCAAAUGUGUCAAGGUUCAAUUUUACCAGUUAAAAAUAGUUUAGUAGCGAACUGAAUUAAGAAAGUCGUCCGUCUAUCCAGUUUUGAAACCUGUGCGAUUUAGCUAGUUGGUCAAUCAAUAAAAUCAAAUUAAAUUUGAAAUCCACAUUAUAGACAGAUUCCAUACUAUCAGACAAAUUGAGAUCCAGCUUCUUCCUGAACUAACAAUGAUAAUAAAACAACUUCCCACGUGACUAACUCUGUGUAAAUACUCAGCGUCUCUGCAGCGUGAGAUUAAUUGAGUCAUGUCACGAUAAACCAAGAUAGAGCGAGAGCUGUUGAGGGUGGAGAAGAGUAACUGCAAUUAACAAUGAAGAAUAUUUAGGGAUAAACUUCUCGAGAUGUGCAAAUUAUGACGUUGCAAGAAUCACCUCUUUUUUAUGACAAGUUUAGACUCUAAACGGAGAAUCGUCGUUUAUCUUUUACAAGUGAUAUCCUAAAAGGUGAAUGAGGCUGUCAAAGCUGUCUACAUUCUCAGGCUCUGAGCCAAAGGGAAAUUUGUCACCUAUUGUUUUUUUAAAGAUCAGCUGUGAUUUAGUCUUUGUGUUGUUGAAUUAAGCCUGAUUAUGUGUACCCCUCUACUUGGCACAAAGCAUGCCAUUCAGUAAGCUAGGUGAGGUUUAAAUGCAAGACUGUUUGGAAGAUACCAUAUCUUUGUUUACAUUUCUUAACAAAAGUGUGAUGUCAAUAUUGAUGUCAUGGCAGUAUGUAGAAUGUUUAUAUCAUCCUAGUUCAUUAUGUUAUUGUUGAGGGUGGAGAAGAGCAACUGCAAUUAACAAUGAGGAAUAAUUAGGGAUAAACUUCUCGAGAUGUGCAAAUUAUGACGUUGCAAGAAUCACCUCUUUUUUAUGACAAGUUUAGACUCUAAACGGAGAAUCGUCGUUUAUCUUUUACAAGUGAUAUCCUAAAAGGUGAAUGAGGCUGUCAAAGCUGUCUACAUUCUCACGCUCUGAGCCAAAGGGAAAUUUGUCACCUAUUGUUUUUUUAAAGAUCAGCUGUGAUUUAGUCUUUGUGUUGUUGAAUUAAGCCUGAUUAUGUGUACCCCUCUACUUGGCACAAAGCAUGCCAUUCAGUAAGCUAGGUGAGGUUUAAAUGCAAGACUGUUUGGAAGAUACCAUA